CGCGCGGGGGCUGCCGGGAGCGGCAUGGCCCGCUAGGCGGCGGCGGCGCGCGGAGCCAUGGAUCCCAGCUUGCUCAGGGAGCGGGAGCUGUUCAAGAAGCGAGCCCUCUCCACACCGGCCGUCGAGAAACGCCCGGCACUGCCCUCGGACUCCUCUGCCUCCAAGAAGAAGAAAGUCAAGGUAGAACAAGGGGGCUCCUCCAGCUCUAAACAGAACUCAGAUCACAGCAAUGGAUCAUUUAACUUGAAAGCCCUUUCAGGAGGCUCUGGCUACAAGUUUGGAGUCCUUGCUAAAAUAGUGAAUUAUAUGAAGACUCGGCACCAGCGGGGUGAUACACAUCCAUUAACCCUUGAAGAGAUCUUGGAUGAAACACAGCAUUUAGAUAUUGGACUCAAACAGAAACAAUGGUUAAUGAGCGAGGCUCUAGUCAACAACCCGAAAAUAGAAGUUGUGGAUGGGAAGUAUGCUUUCAAACCCAAGUACAACUUGAAAGACAAAAAGGCUCUGCUCAGGCUCUUGGACAAGCAUGACCAGCGAGGCCUGGGAGGAAUCCUUUUGGAAGACAUCGAGGAAGGGCUGCCCAACGCACAGAAAGCUAUAAAGGCUUUAGGGGACCAGAUCAUCUUUGUUAAUCGCCCUGAUAAGAAGAAAAUUCUUUUCUACAACGACAAGAGCUGUCACUUUGCUGUGGAUGAAGAAUUUCAGAAGCUGUGGAGGAGCAUUCCCGUGGAUUCUAUGGAUGAGGAGAAGAUAGAAGAGUAUCUGAAACGACAGGGUAUUUCUUCCAUGCAAGAAACCGGACCAAAGAAAAUAGCUCCCAUUCAGAGGAGGAAGAAACCUGCCUCUCAGAAGAAACGUCGGUUUAAGACUCACAAUGACCACUUGGUUGGAGUAUUAAAAGAUUACUCUGAUGUGGUUCCUGGCAAGCAGUGAGCGGUUGAAUUCUGGAGCAAACGCGCGUUUUCAGACAGGGCUUUUUGCCGCUGGGGCUCGGUGUCUGCUCACAGAAGGACUGACUGUAUAUAAUAAUGUGAUGUGUUUCCCCCACCCCAGCAACUGCCGAGGUCAGUUUGAGAGCAAGUAUGAGCUAUUAAAUGUAGAGGUUAAU